ACUAAGAACAAGUAUAUAAUCUCAUCGUUUGCUCUUCGAUUGUGAGAUGACUCCAUGUGACUGACCUCCACUGCUUCAUAAAACAAAACAGACAAGCUCAGGACCUUCUAUAACGAUCGAUCGUCACCACGAUGGGUGAAGGCGGAACACUUGCGCUCGUCAACGGCACACCAUACAAAUGGAUCCGAACAAAUCAGAGCAGCUAUCAGAUGAACUCUUGGAACCUCCCUGAAUGGCUCGACCCAGGCACUGUAACAAGCAAUUACGUUGAGUUCAAGCAAGGCCUGUUCGUAGAGCGCUCAGACACCAGAGGUAUCACUGCAUAUACCUUACAAGGAACGGACUGCUCGUUUCGCAUCCAUAUCUCCGAUGCUCCAUCCCGAAUCUGGGUGGAGCUUGUAUCAUUAGAAGCAGUUAACAACCCAAGGGGUUCUUCGAUACAGCUAGGGUGGCGACAUGAUGGCAUUGUAAGCUUCGUACUUUCGGGAAAGCAAGGCAGCUUCCACACGACCAAUCCUCCUGUCGGUUGGAUGCACCAAAACCUUGCCACUUUAGGACCUCGACCGCUGUCACAAAUUUGCAUGCUUGGCAGCCAUGACUCUGGCAUGUCUUUUGUAUCCCACAGUGACAUACCAAGCGGGCUGAUCGACGACUACGUGCUUUGCCAGGCCACUCCGGUUCACGGACAGCUUGCGUACGGCGCUCGUUACUUCGAUAUCCGUCCUCAAAUCUCUGGCGGUGGUUUCUGGACGGGUCACUACACGGGCAAGAUUGGAGCCCGCGGGGAGUCACUGGCCAGCAUCAUCUCUGGUGUUAAUUCGUUCCUGUCGCAAUACCCAGAGCUGGUAAUUCUUAAUUUCUCACACACCCUCCAGACCGAUGUCGGAGGUGAUUGGAGGAAAUUCAAUGAUAAUGAGUGGCGCAGACUUCUGGGCGAGUUGCUGAAGCUUGAGAACCGAUAUGUGGUACAAGACGAGAAGAAGGCGCAAGACCUAAGCCUUAUUCCACUUCAGGAUUUUAUCGGCAACGGGCGUGGAGCGGUCGUCUGCGUCGUGGAAAACGAAGGUCUUGAUAUGAGAGACUUUAAGAACAAGGGGUUCUACAAGCCUUCACAGCUCAACGUUUACAACCAAUAUUCUAACACGGACGACGCAGUAGUCAUGGUCAGCGAUCAGAUCAACAAAAUGAAAGGACACAUGCCUACUAAAGACAAACAACUCUUUCUGCUGUCCUGGACGCUGACACAGCAAGCCCCAUCCUGGAACGGCAACCUUGUGGACUUUGCUACCAAGGUGGUCGCAUUCCUGAAACCAAUUCGAGUAUUGGCAUAUACCUGCAACAAGGAACUGGUGACGCGUCUACUCCCCGUGGUUAACAAUACUUCCUUUCCUAAUGUUGUCUACAUCGAUUAUGUUGAUAACUCAGACUAUACCGCUCUUGUGGUGGCGGUUAACGAUAAAGUAUUUAACAAUUGAGAACAGCAUCUAUACAUGAAUGUACUAUUUCUUUCACAUGUCCAUAACCAGUUACAUGAAGGGAUGAAGUGCCAUUUGUAACUCACAAUCUUAUGAGGAGAAGAACCAUAGGAUCAUUUAGCAGUGAAUGAUGCCCACUUCAUUGAUGCAUUGUACUUGGGCAGAUAUCCCUGAACUAAGCUAGUGAGAGCCUUGUAAUAAUUGAGAGGAUAAUUCAUAUCCUUUUUAAACUUUCCAGCUCUUGGCUCUAGUCGUUAUAAAGUUCUACUUAUCGACAUCCUUGUCAAUGAUAAAGACACGGCCAAUCUUUGCAAAGUCCUCUUCCUCGCUCCGAGCUUUCACGUCUAACCCUUUGAAAACAUCUGUACUAACGACCAGGUUCGCGAUGAAGAGAGCCUCAUCGUUACCGACAUUCUCAGAACGAACGUGGUGGCAGCCUGGAGCCUCAUACCAGCUCUCACCUGGCCCGUAC